AUGUUGAGGGCUAGUCGAACACGUGCAGGCUCCGCCGUCCGAUCUUUCGCCACGGUGAACCGGGCCAGAGGGCAAGCACCGCUGAGUCGAUUCGAGCCUGACCACAGCGUUGACUACGUUGGGUUUUUGGACAAACUUCCCCGCCUACGCGAAAUUCUUGACCGGCCUCUCACGUAUGCUGAGAAGGUUCUCCUUGCACACCUUGAUGAGGGCCAUGAGGGCAAAGUAAUCCGGGGCUCAACCCAGCUGAAACUGAGGCCCCGGCGAAUUGCUUGCCAAGACGCCACAGCGCAAAUGGCAAUCAUUCAAUUCAUGACUGCCGGCCUAGACAAGACAGCAGUACCCACCACAGUGCACUGCGACCAUCUGAUCGUAGGCCGAGAUGGCAGCCAGAAGGACCUUGCUGGUGCACUUGCUAGUCAUGGUGAGGUCUACGAGUUCAUGUCAAGUGCCUGCCAGCGCUACAAUAUGGGAUUCUGGAAGCCAAAUGCGGGCAUUAUCCAUCAGAUUGUGCUGGAGAACUAUGCAUACCCUGGUGGCAUGUUAAUUGGCACUGACUCUCAUACGCCAAAUGCCGGAGGCAUGGGCAUGAUUGCGGUCGGUGUCGGCGGUGCAGACGCAGUCGAUGUUAUGUCUGGGCUUCCCCUGGAGAUCACAGCCCCCAACGUGGUCGGCGUGAAACUGAUGGGACAGUUGAGUGGUUGGGCUAGUCCAAAAGAUGUUAUAAACAAAGUAGCAGGGAUUCUGGGGGUUAAAGGUGGUACUGGCAACAUCAUCGAGUACUUUGGCCCAGGUGCGGCUACGAUAUCAGCCUCAGGGAUGGCUUCCAUCACGAAUAUGGGCGCCGAGACCGGAGCAACAACGUCACUAUUCCCCUAUUCCGACGCUAUGUCUGCCUAUUUGCGGGCGACUCGCCGGCCAGAGCUGGCUGAAGCUGUGCAGGUAGCUAAGCACGAGCUGCGAGCAGACGAAGGCGCAGAGUACGACCGCAUCAUCGAGAUUGACUUGUCCACGCUGGAGCCUCGCAUCAAUGGACCCUUUACACCAGAUUUAUCGACGCCAAUCUCCAAGUUUGGCCAAGCUGCGCGGGAGAAUCAGUGGCCAGAGAAGCUCACAGCAGGACUUAUCGGGUCUUGCACAAAUUCCUCAUUCGAGGACCUGUCUCGUGCCGCUAGCUUGGCCCAGCAAGCUCUCGACGCGGGAUUGAAGCCCAAAAUGCCGUUGCUCCUUUCCCCCGGAAGUGAGCAAACUAAUCAGACGCUGAAACGCGAAGGCGUCAUCGAUGUCUUUGAGCGCCUGGGAAGCAAGGUCUUAUCUAACGCUUGUGGCCCAUGCUGCGGGUCUUGGGAUAGAACCGAGAUGAAAAAGGGCACUCCAAAUUCCAUCCUAGCAUCAUACAACAGAAACUUUACGGGACGUCUGGACGGAAACCCUGCUACCCAUGCAUUCCUUUCUUCCCCCGAGAUGGUCAUGGCCAAGGUCUUCUCUGACGACCUCGGCUUCGAUCCGGUCAGGGAUAGCCUCGUAACGGAAUCAGGUGACGAAUUCCGUUUUCAACCUCCUAGGGGCGACGCACUACCGGCAGAUGCGUAUGAGAAUGCGGACCACGUCUACGAGGCGCCUUCGACCGAUGCCCAAUUCCGACAGACCGUGACUGUCCAGAUAUCACCAGACUCUCAGCGCCUGCAGAGGCUAGCGCCGUUCCGCCCCUGGUCUGGAAAAGACUUCCAUGAGUGUCCCAUCCUGAUCAAGACGGCGGGCAAAUGCACAACGGAUCACAUCACCACGGCUGGCCCGUGGAUGCGUUUCCGUGGCCACCUCGAGAACAUCUCCAACAACACUCUUAUUGGAGCCGUCAACGCAGAUAACAAUCAGGUCAACAAGGUUGUCAACCAAAUUACGGGAGAGCAGGGGGGUGUUCCUGACACAGCGCGAGACUAUCAGCAGCGAGGACUUCCCUGGGUUGUAGUGGCUGAUCACAAUUACGGCGAGGGCUCCUCGCGUGAGCACGCGGCUCUACAACCGCGAUACCUCGGUGGUGUCGCCAUCAUCGCCAGGUCAUUUGCCCGCAUCCACGAGGCCAACCUCAAGAAGCAGGGCAUGCUGGCGCUGACUUUUGCCGAUGACACUGCAUACGACAGAAUCAAGGCUUCUGAUCGUGUCAGCAUUGUUGGAUUGGCAGACUUGGAACCUGGGCAGACCGUGAGGUUGAAAAUAACCUCAAAGGAUGGCAAGAGCUGGGAUACGGAGGCGAACCAUACGUUUACUCGCGAACAAGUCGAGUAUUUCAGGGCCGGAAGUGCGCUAAACGUCAUGGCUAGUCGGUUGUCGGACAGAUCCUCCCCGACGGCCUCUUCGUAG